CCGUUUCUCUCCUCGCCCCCCUCUUCCCCGCCGUCCCGCACACAGACUCCGUCUCUGGUCUCUCUCCUCCCCCGCCCUCUCUCUCGUCUGAUCUGCAUCUGCUUUUUCUUCCCCCCUUGUCUCUGUCCCUUCUGGCGUGCGCAAAGAUUUGUUUUUUUUUCUCUCUCUCGAGGAGGCGGAGCGGCGGAGCCUGAGGAGGAGUGGUGGUGGGACUUGGGGAGGAAGGAGAUCUUGAUCUGUUCUGGACUUCUAGGAAGGGGAAGAGAGAGGAGGAGGAGGGAGAUGGCGGCGCAGGAGCAGGAGCAGGACAAGCAGCAGGCGAAGACGAGCACGACGAGCUCGCUCCCCUCCAGCAGCGAGCGCUCCUCCAGCUCCGCACCCAACAACCUCAGGGAAGGAGGGGUGGAGAGCGACGAGGAGAUACGGCGGGUGCCGGAGAUGGGCGGCGCGUCGGCGUCGGCCUCGUCGGGCGCGGGCGCGGACGAGCGCCCCAAGGAGGACGGCAAGCAGGGGCAGCUGGUGGCGGCAACGGGGGCGCAGGGGCAGCCGCCGGCGGCGGGGAAGAAGCGCGGGCGCACCGCCGGGGACAAGGAGCAGAACCGGCUCAAGCGGCUGCUCCGGAACCGCGUCUCGGCGCAGCAGGCGCGGGAGCGGAAGAAGGCGUACCUGACGGAGCUCGAGGCGAAGGCUAAGGACCUCGAGCUCCGCAAUGCCGAGCUCGAGCAGCGGGUCUCCACGCUCCAGAACGAGAACAACACGCUCCGCCAGAUUUUGAAGAACACGACGGCGCACGCGAGCAAGAGGAGCAGCGGCGGCGGUGCCGGCGCCGGCAAGGGCGGCGACAAGAAGCACCACUUCACCAAGAGCUGAUGGCGCCGGUUCGUGCUAGGAGCUGUGAACUUUUCUCGCCUGAUCUGACCCCCACUGUUAGUCUGUUACGCUAGGACAUUUGCUGGCUUCGUUCUCGUUCCUGUUGCUGAUGACGUUUUCCCCUUCUCGUCCUCCCUUCUUUUUUUUUUCCUACUGUGCCCCUUACUCUCUUGGUCGUCUGUUUCACUGAUGUAGCUGUACUAUUUUUACCUGCCCGUCCCAUCAACCCGUUGUAGAACUACCAGUAGCAGUUUGUUC